CGCAAGUACAUACAAAAGUUUGUAUCAUUGUUGAUGCCUCAUUUAUCGUCUUACUGAGCUGGAGCGGGCUUUGCCCCUCGCGCCGGCAUGGCACCCAAGUCUGGGCAGCAGAAGCCCGCUUCGGGCGCCGGGCCCGGGAACGGGGCGGCGCCGGCAUUGGUCGUCUUCCCGUCCUCCCUGAGUGCACGUCAACGCGCUUUCAUUCACGAAGUUGCUGGUGCGGCUGGCUUGUACCAUGCAAGCGAAGGCGAAGGAGCUGCCCGCCAAAUUGUCGUUGGGCUGCAAGGCGCUCGCAAGGUCAGCGUGCCGGCAAAUGCCACGUCCGACGCCGACAUCGUGGCGGCGCUGCUGGAGCACCUGGGCCUCGACGCCCGUGACCGGCUGCCAAGCACUUCCUAUGACCGCAAGGGCUCGGGAGCGGGCCCUAGCGGUGGUGCUGGUGGCGGCGGCGACCCCACCUCGGUGGAGGCUUUCGUCGAGCUUAGCCGCAAGCUGAUCGAGAUGGAGCGGGCAGCUGAAGUGGCGCAGGCCACGGAGGAGACCUCAAUGUGCUCCCCUGAAACUGCACAGGCCCGCGGCCGCACGCUACUGAAUCUGCGCGUGGACGACAUGGAGGGCGGCCUGCUGGGCCGCACGCUGCUCACCCUGGUGUCAAACAAGGGCUACGGCGCGGGCGGCCCGGCCGCUGAGCUGCCACCACACAAGUUCGGCCCGCACGACGUCGUGGCGCUGCGCCCCAGCCGCGGCCCCGCUGACGGGCCCGCGGUCGUCAGCGGCGUCAUCUACCGCAUCCGCGAGAACUCCAUCACCGUCGCGGUGGACGAGGCGCCGGAAGAGGGCCUCGACCAGCCGCUGCGGCUAGAGAAACUGGCCAACGAGGUGACGUACCAGCGGCUGCGUGGCACACUGGACUCGCUGCUCAAGGCGCGCAGCGGCACCGCCGCCACGCCCGACGGGCGGCUGCUGCCGGGCGGCGCGCUGUUGGACGUGGUGUGGGGCCGCCGCGAGCCGCAGUUUGCCGCGGAGGCGCCCGAGUGGAAGCCACUCAACACCGGCCUGGACGAUUCGCAGCGGCAGGCGGUCACGUUGGCGCUGUCUGCCAAGGACCUUGCUCUGGUGCACGGCCCGCCAGGCACGGGCAAGACAACUGCGGUGGUCGAGAUUAUCCUUCAAGAGGUGGCCCGCGGCUCCCGCGUCCUCGCGGCAUCAGCAUCCAACAUUGCGGUCGACAACCUGGUGGAGCGACUGGUGCGCGCCAACCCCAAGCUCAAGCUGGUGCGCAUGGGCCACCCCGCCCGGCUGCUGCCUGCCGUGCUGGACAGCAGCCUGGAGGCGCACGUGCUGCGCAGCGAUAACAGCGCCCUGGCCCGCGACUGCCGAGCCGAGAUCAAGUCCAUCAAUGCGCGGCUGCUCAAGCUGGGGCCGCGUGACCGCGCGGAGCGCCGCGAGCUGCGCGGUGACCUGCGGCGGCUGGGCAAGGAGGAGCGGCAGCGGCAGGAGGCGGCGGUAGCCGAGGUGAUCAAGGGCGCGCAGGUGGUGUGCUGCACGCUGACGGGCGUGUCGCACCGGCAGCUGGACAAGGAGCUGUUUGACGUGGCGGUGGUGGACGAGGCGGCGCAGGCGCUUGAGGCCGCGACCUGGGGCGCGCUGCUGCGGGCGCGCCGCGCAGUUCUGGCCGGCGACCACCUGCAGCUGCCGCCCACCGUCGUCAGCGACGAGGCCGCACGCCUGGGCCUGGCGCGUACGCUGUUCGAGCGGCUGCAGACUUCCGUCCCGACCGCCAGCGCCAUGCUGACUGUGCAGUACCGCAUGAACAAGGCCAUCAUGCAGUGGUCGAGCGACGAGCUGUACCACGGCAAGCUCACCGCGCACCCGUCGGUUGCGGAGCACACGCUCCGCGACAUGCCACCCGACGCCGCGGCCGGAGCCCCAGGCGCUGGCUGCAAAGGCAGUGCCAAGGCGGCGGGCAGCGGCGGGAAGAAGGCGGCCGGCAGCAAGAAGGCCGCGCCAGCAAAGGCGGCUGCCGCCCCUUCAGAAGGCACCGACCCGGGCUCGGCCGACGCCCUGGCCUCGCUUCCGGUGCUGAUGCUAGUGGACACGGCCGGCUGCGGCUUUGAGGAACAGCAGGAGGCGGAGGGCAGCAGCUAUGCCAACCCCGGCGAGGCCAAGGCAGUGAUGGCGCACGUGGCGCGGCUGGUGCGCAUAGGCAUCCCGCCUCAGCACAUCGGCAUCAUCACGCCCUACAACGCACAGGUGGCCUUGCUCAAGGAACUGCGGGCCCAGAGCGUCGGCGGUGCACUGGAGAUCAGCAGUGUGGACGGGUUUCAGGGACGUGAAAAGGAGGCAAUAUUGGUGUCAAUGGUGCGCAGCAAUGACGGUGGCGGAGUAGGCUUCCUGUCGGACCGGCGCCGCAUGAACGUGGCGGUCACGCGGGCGCGGCGGCACUGCGCCGUGUUCUGUGACAGCGAGACGGUGUCGCAGGACGGGUUCCUGAAGCGCCUGGUGGAGUACUUCUCCACGCACGGCGAGUACACAUCGGCGGCCGAGCUGUUGCCGGGGGCGUGAGGCCUUUGCAGGCGAAGGCGAGAUGGUUGUGCAUGUCCUGCGGAUUGAUUGUGUUGGUUGUCUCAUCUCACUCGAACUCAUGCGCCACGGCGGCGUGCCUCACCACCGUGAGCUUGCUAAGCUCCGUAAGGUAUUCAAUACGGGCACCUGUGCCUAGAAGGCUAUGAUUGUAAGGCAAUGAGCAA